CAAAACUCAAAAGUGGAUGUUAGUGAGUCUCUGCUUUUCUAUGCUAAUUUUUAACAUUAUCUUCAUCUCUGGAACUGAGACCCAAACUUCCAGGAAGUGCAGUAACAAUACCACCGGAUGCUGUCAGCAGUACCUUCCUUAUGAUGCUGCCAGUACCACCUAACUCACCUCUGACACGGUGGAUUCACCUGCAGACUCCUGGUGCACAGCUGUGGCUGUCCUACUGCACUCUUUCAUUCUGGCAACAUUUCUGUGGUCAGCACUCAGUUCUGCUCUGUUGUACUUAUUGCUGCUCAGAGCCACGUGGCCACUGCCUGGACAUUUCCUCUUAUCCAUGUCAGUAAUUGGAUGGGGAAUCCCUGUCAUAGUAGUUGCAGUAACACUUGCAGCUACUGACAGAGAAGGAAAAACUCUAAACUGCCAACAGGAAGAACUUUAAGUCCACAUAUUAUUACAACACUUUUGCUGGCUAGCAGCACUGGACCAAAAUCAAAAUUUCAGUGUGUAAAAGCCCACAUUGUGGUAAUUUCUCUUGCCAGUUGCAUUCAUAUUGUUGUUUAACAUCUUGAUCUUCAUCAGGAUCAGUAUGUCUGUGAUUUAGAAGAAGAUGAAUUUGAUAAGAAAUAAAAAGGAUUCAUUAAUGAAAAAUAUUAUUAGCACUAUCUCUAUAGUGAUUGCCUGGAUGAUUGGAUACCUCACAUUAAUAAGUCGUGAAAAAACAAGUCUUGCUUUCAGCUUUCUGUUCUGCAUUUUCAGUGCUACCCAGGGACUUCUGUUCACUUUCAGAAUACCACUCCUCUUCAAGAAAAAAGUUUCUGAAGUGUUUCAUGUUUUCUGGAUACCACUGUAUCUGCAUUCAAAACAUUCAAAAUCACAGCCUGAAAAACAUUCACAGGAAACUUUCAGAUCAACCCAGACUUUUUCAGACAUUUCCUUGUCUACCUUCCCUAACUGGAACUAGAAACCUGCAAACAUGUGAAACACAAUC